AUGCCUCGACUGAAGAUAAACAAACAGACUCCAUCUUUAGUUACUCCUGGGCCUGGACUUGAAAAUGAAUCACAUGCUCGUAAUAGUUUUCUUCGGUGGCCUGUACAUGAGCCCCGCCACCAUGCGAAUCGGCGCAUCCACAGAGCUGGUGGCAGCAGUAGCUCGAGCGCUGGGAGUGCCACUGGGGCUUCUGAUGAUCCUGGUCAAUUAAAAUCUGAUCUUACUAAAAUUGCCAGUACUGCAACUCCAUUUGCUACUGAUGGCGAUAUGGGUUUCAUUUCUGUCGACCGUGUAGGUAGUUUGAUUCAAAAAGAUAGUAGCCAAGACGGCCGUUCAGGCAUAUCUGUGGUGACUCCUAUUGCUACUGCUGUGCCGAUUGGAGAACGCAGUGGGACUCGAUUUUUACGUACUAUCACUUCUAAAUUGUCCCGGAGGUCAGUGGUCAUAUUCGCCUCAGUGAUAUAUUAA